CAAUUCCUGGCGGCCAAUCACCCACCACCUCCGAGCUCGCCCGCCGUAGAACAAAUGACCAAUAAAAUUACGUAACUAGAGGCAAGACUUCGGACUUCUUCACCAGAACUUAUAAGUGUCAUUUUCGUACGUUGGAGUAUGUGGACCACCUGGGCCGCAUCACGAGCUUGAAUCCUUUUUUCUCCGGUGGGUUGUUCAUCUUUUCCUUUUUAUCAUCGGCGCUUCGCUUGGUCGGUUAGACAACAUCACUCCGCUUGAUAUUAUGCCCUCGUUUGCCUGAGCGUGAUGGGCGAUGAAAGGGAAAUCGCAGACAUCACCCUUCAACUGUUGGCCAAAGUAGGAGAAAUCAAGCAAAAAGAACAGAGCACGAUGCCUUCUACAACACUGGCAUCGAGAGUCCGAACGGGAGCAGUAGCAAGCGCGGGUCAGGUCAGCUCGAAGACCACAGCAGCGGAUGGCGGGGUAGCGCAUCGCCAGGGAUCAUACGAGCAAAGAGGACGACACAAAACCGCCAAAGACGCAACUCCAGGACUGGCCCAACAUGCUGGAGAUCAAGGGCUACCACCACAAAUCACGCCUACCACAGAGACCAUGAGAUUUCUCGGUCCUCUUCCAGUGCGGAGGGCGUGGAGGGCAAGACCAGGCCGGGCAUCACCAGACAUCUCACAGGCGCCUGUAUUAGAAGCAGUCAUGCUUCAUGAGCGAGGCGACUUGCAAAAUUCUGAAGAGCAAUGUUCCAAAUGCCGAAAGGGGGAUGGGAUCUCACCAGAGUGCGUCAAAAUGCCGGGCAUCUACAACGGCGCGUGCAGCAACUGCCUACUAGCACGGACAUCGAACCGGCCAGGAGCCUCGGGGAGGCCGAUACGGAGCUAUUCUGCCGAGCGACGGUCCAUUUCCGCGACAAUAUCACCUUCCAUACCAAAGGAGGAUCUGAUUGCUGUGUGGAACCUCAUUGCGGGUGUGAUUGCAACACAACCCCAAGAAUGCUUCACGGAAGACGGGUCAGAACCACCGGGGAAGAAAAUUGAAGAUGCUGCUCGAUUAGUGGCUAGGUCGGCAGAUGAAUGGGGCCAUACGAUUAAGGAAGAAGAAUCAGAUCCGGGGAAGAUACCCAAAACGCCCUCGGAAAGAAGCAGACUCGUGAGGCAGGCAACGAGAAUUCGGGAGACGGCGUUACAGAUUGCGAACUGCGCAAGGGUUUGGGGCGAAAAGUUGGAGAGAAAGAGGUCUUCAUCACAACUACGGAGGUGAGAGGGAGUUGCGGUUAAACAGGACGCAACUACAAAAUCACAAUCCGCCUAGGUAAUUAAAAGCGACGUCUCAAGGCUUGCUAGGAACACGGUCAAAUUUAACAUGAUUCAAAGUCAU